AUGAGUUUUGAAGAAAGUCACAGCAAUCAAGAUAAAGAUCGUACUGAAUUCAUUAAAAUUUGGCUUAGAAAGUAUGAUAAAUACGUAAUUGCUAUUUUCAACGCGUUAACAGAUCACAGUCCAAAAGUUUUAUUCCCAUCAAUCGCUUUAAUUGACAUUUUGUUAAUUCUUUACAACCAAUAUGAUCUCGGCUUCUUUGUUUUAGCAUUAUUAGUCGCAUCAACAUUCUAUUUAAUACUCGCUUUAUCUGCAUUAGUUCCACAAAUUUUGGCAUUUUUCCAUCAAGAGCCAAAUGGUAAAGAAGAACAGACAUUAGAAUUAGUAGCAUCAAUUCUUGCAAACGCAGAAGUCUACAUUAAGAAAGCUUUCGAGAUUUUAUUUGAAGGAAAGAUAUUAAGCCCACCUGUCAACAUUGCUGCCAUUGCUGCUAUCUGGAUUGUUGGAAUAUUUAUUGUCAAGUUCAUUUGCAGAUUUUGGAUCGUUUUCUUGGCAAUUAAUAUCGCUGCUAUUCUUCCAAGCAUUCUUUACAUGCAAGCCAACGCUCAGACAGCAGCAAAGGUUGAACCAUCUGCAAUCCCAACACCAAAGGCAGCACCAGCUGAAUAUCCAACAGUUGAACCAACUCCAGAACCAGCUUCUGAACCAAAAGAUUAA